GAUUAUAUUGCGCGGAAUACAAAUCGCGCAUUAUUGGAGACGACAUGAGAGGGAGGUAAGUGCCCGGGGAGGUGUCGUCUGCCUUCUGCACCGGCCGUCCGCCGCCAAGAAAGAAAAAUGGCACAUGCAUCGUUUUCAUUGGUUGCGCGCGGUCAGGCCUCCGCCGCGGGCCACACAUCUCGCUCUCACAUUUUCCGACCAGAUGGCCCUAAAAGCAACUUCAAAAAGAUCCCUUAAAACUAUCUCAAAACUUUAUUUAGGGGAAAAAGUAGAAAAGCCCCCCUUCCUAUCCGCAAAAAUCCAUCGUCCCGUAUCCGAUCUCCCUCGUCCCACAUUUUUGCAUGCCACUCCUCUUCCCCAAUCGCCCCCUCCACCGGCUCCUUUCCCGCGCAAUGAGCUGUUCCCGCGAAUAAAUUUACCCACGCGCACUUGUUUGUGGGAGGAGGCAAGCCGUGCAAGGUGGUGCCGGCGGCUGCGGCGUUGGCGGCAGGCCGGCAACAGCGGGGACAGCUGCGGCGGCAGCGUGAGGAGCUUUCCGAUGCAGCUAGGACGGGCGACUGCUCCCAUCCGGCAAGGGCAAGGCUGGCGUGGCAACCCUAGGAUGCGCCAGGGGCUUGCCGCCGGCAGCCACAACCCCCAACGAGAUUUGCAGAGUGCUAGGGGUAAAGACCAUGGCCUGGCCGGUGGUGGUGACUGGCGAGGUGGAUUUCAAGGUAUAGUACCACCUCGUCCUCCGAUUGCUGCACCUGCCGUCGACGAUUCGAAUCCCCUUGCAUCGAUGGUGGACCCUUGUAGCGACAAUCCAUCUGCACUUGUGAAUGGUACGAUUCCUGAGCACUUCAUUCAUCUAUGUAAAGUUCAGAUAUCGAUUAAAAUUUAUGUCUUGAUUUCGAUAAUCUGUUGUCACUGACAUGAGAUGGAUCGUUGGUUUUAUUCUGUCCUGAUCAAUUGUUGGCCGUGUUACCAUACACCCUGAACAUGUGCACAUAGUUGAAUUGGACCUGUUUUGUGCUUCUAGUGUUUUUCUGUAGUAGUACCACUUCAAAAAUUGAUGUGCAGCUUGUUUGCAAUGGUGUCUCCAACAGUUAUCAUGCCUCACAUUUUCUGGAAAAGAUUAUAUGCCCUCAAGAUUAUUUUUGGCAUGGGUACAGGCCUAAUUUGCAAUAUUUGGUCUACUGAUUCAGAGUAGCUAAUGCACAAGCAUCAUAGACUGUCCUGUGAUGGAGCUACUGCUCUUACUGUUAUCGUACUGCCAUAUUUCAGUAGAGGAUGAGCUCUGAUUGCCCUACAUGAUGUUCUGCAGAAGAUUACACCAAUUUCCUAAUUCCUGCUGUCAUUGUGGUUCUCUAAUCUGAUAGCCCCAACAAACUGUUGACCUCUAACGAAAAAACCAGCACCGGUUGUUGUUAUCUACUGCCACUAUAGUAAAGCUUGGUGUUAUAUUUCCUUUGUUCUUCAAAAUAAUUGAACCUUUGCCUAUUGAUCAAGUUAAAAUAAUAUAUCCAGCUAUGCUCAUCAGCUUGGUAGAAUUACUACUGCUCUAUGUGUUCUGUCACAGGGCCAUACCUGUUCAUGGAGCUUUGACAGAAAACUUAGUUGUUGUUAUCUACUGCCACUACAGUAAAGCUUGGUGUUAUAUUUCCUUUGUUCUCCAAAAUAAUUGAACCUUUGCCUAUUGAUCAAGUUAAAAUAAUAUAUCUAGCUAUGCUCAUCAGCUUGGUAGAAUUACUACUGCUCUGCGUGUUCUGUCACAGGGCCAUACCUGUUCAUGGAGCUUUGACAGAAAACUUGGUUGUUGUUAUCUACUGCCACUACAGUAAAGCUUGGUGUUAUAUUUCCUUUGUUCUCCAAAAUAAUUGAACCUUUGCCUAUUGAUCAAGUUAAAAUAAUAUAUCCAGCUGUGUUCGUAAGCUUGGUAGAAUUACUACUGCUCUAUGUGUUCUGUCACAGGGUCAUAUCUGUUCAUGGAGCUUUGACAGAAAACUUAUCAGUGAUUAAAUGCUUGCAAGAAAUGGAUAUUUUUCCAACAUGAUGAUGGAUAAAACCAAUCAAGGGGAUGUUGAUAAUUAUGGCAAUGCAUAUGCUGACCAAUAGUCACAUGCAAUUGAAGUCGGUCCAACAGCCCCCUCUGCAAAGAUCAAAAAGGUGGCAAGGAUUGGUCUCAUAUAUGUGAGUACUUCCAUGAACACAAGACGUGCCUCUCAACGCGUACCAUGAAUUCUCUCAUGCAUUGGUGGGAGACCAUACCAAAAUGUGUGAAUAAGUUUUGUGGAUGUCUAGCACAGAUUGAGUUAAGACAUCAGAGUGGUACUACAAUGCAAGAUAAGGGGCUAACGGCGUGAGCUCCUGGUGGCGACGUGAGCUCUACCGGCGUGAAAAUCCCUUCGGCGAGGAAAAUUCCUCCGUGUAUGGGCUGGCACGCGUGAGGGCAGCAAUCUGUACGGCGCGAUGGCUCAUGUCCUCCAUGGCUUCGAUUUGAACGUUUGUAUGGAGGAAGAUGACGACGGCAAUCAUCCCUUCAAUCUCAACGAGCCUUUACUGGAGGACCACAACAACAAUGAUGACGGCCCCAACCCCAACGACGUGCUUGAUUUCGACGAGCCAGAAUACGACGGCGCUAAUGAUGCCGACGGCGGCGUGUUUGAUCUCCAAGAGCAACAAGACGGCGUACUGGAUUUAAACUUACCAGUAGAUGAGUUCGGUGCAGUUGAUUUGAACUUUGUACAAAAUCUUGCUGAACAUGCUGUCCAGAACCCCAACGUGGAAGCAAUUCAUGGAGGAUUACCCCACCGAAGGAAGGAAAUGACUGAAGCUGUCCGAAAACGAGUUUACCAAGCUUUGUUAGCUAGAAGCAACGAUGGUACACUACACAAGGAAGACACUGCAUUUGUUGCUGCUCAAUUUGACAUUCAUAUAAGGACAGCUCAGCGUGUUUGGAACCGAGGUAAAACACAACUUAAAAGCGGUGUUCCGGUUGUGGUUUGUAGUCUAAAGAAGGGUAGAGUUGGACGUAAAGCAAUACCUUUUGAUUUGGAAGCAUUGCGAAACAUUCCUCUAAAGGAAAGAAUGACUAUAGAGGAUGUGUGCGCCAAACUAAACAUGAGCAAAUGGAGGGUUCAAAGGUAUUUGAAACUAGGAUUGAUUAGGCGCCACUCUAGUAGCAUCAAACCAUAUCUCACUCAAGCUAACAAGAAGUCUAGGUUACAAUGGUGUGUUGACAUGGUUAAUAGGGAGUUGCUUGAUGAUCCAAGGUUUAAGGAGUUGUAUGACUUUGUGUUCAUUGAUGAGAAAUGGUUCUACCUACAUCAAAAAUCUGAAAGAUAUUAUUUGCUACCUGAAGAAGAUGAACCCCAUCGGACUUUUACGAAUAAGAACUACAUCCCUAGGCUCGGCCAAGGUUUAGGGAUGGGAAUUGUAUUUUUGAUGGUAGGAUUGGUUGUUUUCCACUUGUUCAGUAUGAAGCGGCUCAAAGAGGUAAUGAGAGGACAUGCCGUGUCCGUGGAGACUUGGUUAUGAAGCCCAUAACUUCGAUCACUAGAGAAGUGAUUAGAGGUUUUAUGAUCAACAAAGUGUUGCCUGCCAUUAGAGCUAAGUGGCCAAGAGAAGAUGUGGGUAGACCAAUAUUCAUUCAACAGGAUAAUGCACCUUCUCACUUGAAAUUGGAUGACCCACAAUUUUGUGAGGCCGCUAAGCUAGGAGGAUUUGAUAUUCGCCUAAUAUGUCAGCCACCAAACUCUCCAGAUUUCAACAUUCUCGACUUGGGUUUUUUUCGAGCUAUACAAGCAAUUCACUAUGAGAAGAAUGCAAAAACAAUGGAGGCUCUACUUCCAGCCGUGCAAGAGGCAUUCAUGGAGUACUCACCACGCCUUGCAAACCGAAUGUUUCUAACACUACAAGGUGUUUUCGUGGAAGCUAUGAAGAAGAAAGGUUGCAACAACUUCAAGAUACCUCACAUGAAAAAAGGAACAUUGGAAAGACAAGGUCGGCUGCCAUCUUGUAUCCCUUGUGAUCCAUCUUUACUGGAUGAAGCCGAGGCUACUCUUGCUGCAUGAAACAAGUAGAUUGAUGGUUGUUAGUUUUACUAAUGGAGACAAAUCUUGUUAAUUAUCAGUUAAUUAGAAUUCAAUGUUAAUGA